AUGUUGAUGUUAAUAUGGGAACGGAGUCCACUAUUAUGGACCUUUUUUCCUUUACUUUACUUUGCUACUUCUUCCCACGCUAAACACCAUGUCGGACCAGUUUAUGAUCAUUCGGCUUGGACAGAGUGUCGAGCGGAACCGGAGGUGCCACUUUACAAUGGAGGAAUACUAAUGAACAAAGUUCCUAUAUAUAAACUGAUCGAUGAUAUCAACAGGGACAAGGUUUAUUCACCUACUUUUCCCUUGGAAAAACUUUCUCUGGGUUCAAUUUAUUCCUUCUCCGGCUGGGUGAGAGUGAAAAAUGUAGAUUCUGCUUUAGUAACAGCUAAAUUGAAGCUAGAUGAUUCAUUUCCAAAAUGUAUAGGAACUGUUGUAGCCAAGAAAGGAUGUUGGUCUUUUCUCAAAGGUGGUUUCCUUUGGAAUUCACCUUUCAAUUCUUCCCAGAUACAUUUAACGAAUCCAGAUGUAGCACCAAGAAAUGUGGAUAUAGAGAUUAUGGGCUAUUCCUUGCAGCCAUUUACAGAGGAGCAAUGGAGAUUAAAUCAACUUGAAGGGAUAAACACGGAAAGAAAACGCGCUGUUACGAUCCAUGUUGUAGAUGAAAAUGGAUUCAGUUUGCCUGGUGCAUCAGUCAAUGUAGCCCAAAUCUCAACGGAUUUUCCAUUUGGAACUAUGAUAUCAAGAACCAUUCUGGGAAAUUUGCCUUAUCAGGAAUGGUUCCUCAAGCGAUUCAAAGCUACAGUUUUUGAAAAUGAACUUAAGUGGUACAAGACAGAGCCACUACCUGGGCAAUUCAACUAUACCGUAGUGGAUCAAAUGAUGGAAUUUGUCCGAAAGAAUAAACUUUUAGUUAGGGGACACACCAUGUUCUGGGGAAACCCUUCGAUGAUACAAGAUUGGGUCGAAAACAUGACAGCUCCUCAGCUGAAAAAAGCGAUGAGUGGAAGAAUUAAAAGUGUAAUGAGUAAAUACAGAAAUGAGUUUUUUCACUGGGAUGUAAACAAUGAACUCCUCCAUUUCGAUUUUUAUGAUAAUAAACUCGGUCCAAACGCUACCUUGGAUAUGUUCAAGAAAGUGCACCGCGCAGACCCACUAGUGACCCUGUUUCUCAAUGAAUUCAACAUUAUUGAACGUUGUGACACGGCAGCCAACGUUGACAGGUACAUCGAAAAGUUCAAGGAACUCAAGAUGGGCGGGGUUAAAGUGGCAGGCAUUGGACUACAAAGUCAUUUUGAUGUGGUGAACCCUGCUUUCAUGAGAGGUGUUCUUGAUAAACUGGCAACAUUAAAGCUUCCUAUUUGGCUGACAGAAGUUGAUGUUAAAGAUAUGUAUGAACAGGAAGAACAGGCUGUAUACUUGGAACAAAUUUUAAGAGAAGCAUUCUCACACCCAAGUGUAAAUGGGAUCAUGCUUUGGUCAGCUCGUAGCGUAGGAGGUUGCUAUCAAAUGUGCCUUACGGACGAGAAAUUCCAAAACCUACCAACAGGGGAUCUUAUUGACCAUCUUUUACUUAAAGAAUGGAAAACUGGGACUAAACGUGGCAAAACAAAUGAGUUUGGUUCCUACAGUUUCCGAGGUUUCUUAGGUGAAUACAAGGUUUCAGUCGUUUACAAUCAUAAAGUCAUCAAUUCCUCCUUCUCAUUAGGACGUGGUGUCGAGACUAAGCACAUUACUCUUCAUGUCAAAAUAUAA